ACCUCUCCAGCCCCUCGAGAUGUCCCCUGCAGUUAGGAUCCUGGCCGCGGUGCUGCUGGCGGCCGUCCUGGUGGCCACCGUGGUCGCCGACCACCACGAAGAGCACGGCCUUCCUGAGCCCUCUAGGGUCCUGGUACCCCCUCAGCCAGGUCCCGAACGUUCGGACUCCUCCGACCAGCAGGAGCACCAGCGCGACAAGCGGUACGUGUACUCGUCCCCCGCCUACGUCCGGCCCGCCGUCGUGCCCGUGGUGCGGCCCGCGGUGUACGCCACGGCCGCGUACCCGGCUGUGUCGGCGUACCCCGCCGCCGUGUCUCCGUACCCCUCCGGCAUAGCGGCGUACCCCACUGGCGUUGCGGCGUACCCCACCGGCGUAGCGGCGUACCCCACCGGCGUGUCGGCGUACCCCGCCGCCGUGGUUCGCCCCGGCGCGGUCUUGGCCGCCCGACCCGCCGUGGCGGUCGGGGGCUACGGCGGCACCGGUGGCUACGGCGGCUACCGGGGCUACUCCGGAGGCGGCGGCUACCGCUCGACAGGCUCCCGAGGCUACAGAGGCUAGCCUUGCGCCCGAGAGGAUCGUCCGUCCCUAAAUGUCACCAAGAAGCGAAGAUGUCCGUGUGAAAUAGUUACGAAUAAAAAAAAUUGGUGACAUAA